CAGCAAUAGUGGGCGGUACUUACUAUGGUCAUCAAAGCUCGUUGAGUCCGUUGAUAGACAAAAAAAAAAGCUUCAAGCUUCUGGCCCUGCCUCGCGAGGCAUUUCGACUUUCUUUCACAUUCCUUUCUUUCUUACUUUUUUUGUUAAUUUUUCGAUAUAUGAACUCGCGAAGACUCUGUCAUCGAUACCCCUUUUUAUACCUUCUCCACUUUCAACCAGACCACUACAAUUUCUUAUACUAUAUUCUUCCCAUCUAGAGAGGUGUGGAUUAGCCUCGGAUCAUCUUCGUCAUUACUAUUGGCGGUCUGACUGCCUAUUUAUUUUGUUGGACCUUGCCACCGCUCCCCAGCUAAUCUCAUAUCCUUCCUUCCCUGUUUCAAUCACCGUUCAAUACACUCAUUCACCAUUCCGUCCCUCACCAACGAAGAGCCUCAAUUGGCUUCCAUCAUGUAUCCCCAAACCCCAAUUGGUUACUCGGGGCCCAUGACCUUCGGUCAUGGUGGUCUCAACCCCGGGGAGGGGAUUGAGGACCUCUACGCAGUGAUGCAGCCGCAGUGGACCGGAUUGGAAGCUGUAUGUUGCAUAGUCAACCAAUCUCCGCAGACGGACCACUUGAAGCUGACCAGCUCUGAGUCGAUGCAGUCGCCUUAUGGAGGGAUCAACCAUCCGUAUACUACAACUACAGCCUUCCCCACCGGCUCCAUCCUCACCCCUAUCAGCCUCCCCGACAGCUCUUUUCGACCGAGUCCGGUACUCAGUCAUCAUUCGCAAGAGUUCCACUACAAUAUCAGUGAUACCGUUCCAUCGCAAGGACUAGGUAUCACGGCUCCAUUUCCGAGCAACUUCCCUCGCACUGUGACCGCGGGCCUCGGACAUACCCUCGAUCAGCUCGAAUAUGGUCUCGGCGAGGUGGAUCACUCGCCCCGGCCCCCGCCGGCAAAGAGGGCCAGACGAGGGCCCAAGCAGGCAGCCACGCCGCGGGAGGCUCCCGUUACGAUACUUCCCAACCCCGAGGGCCUCCAGCGACUGGAACAGGAGCGAAGACAGGGGGCCGCUGAUGCCCAUCAGCAACAGCGGCCUCGAGCCCCAGGACGGGGGCGCAGAGACCCGCAGGCGGAGGAGGAAGACGCAUUCGUGGAACGACUGCGGGAACAGAACCUCGCAUGGAAGGUCAUCCGCGAGAUGUUCCGGGAGAAGUUCCAUAAGGAUGCAUCCGAGGCGCGGCUGCAGAUGCGCAUGCUGCGGCGGCGCAAGGAGCGCCUGGCGCGGUGGGAUGAGAACGAUAUCCGCCUACUCAUCCGGGCUCGGGAUUAUUGGGAGCACGAGAAGUAUAAUGUGAUUGCACAAAAGAUGAGGGAGCUGGGUGCCGGGCAGUAUACCCCACAACAAUGCGAAGCGCAGCUGCGGUAUCUUGAUGCGCAGAACCGAGAUCGAAGUGGUCUGGUUGCGCGGCCACGAAUAUCUGAGCCUUCGCAGACACGGCGACGCGUCUGGCCUCGUUCAUCUCUUCGGAGCCUGGCCGGUGAGACCAGAAAAUGAUUACUUUUGUCAUGAAUGCAUCGAUGGGUUCCAGAAGCAUGUUGAGGCGCAUUAUGGUUUGGUUGGAG